GAUCUGGCCCAGCCCCCGUGAGGUCACGGCUGCUGGCUCCUCCCACAGCGCGGGUGAGAGGUCAGCUAGCUGCUGGUAGGAAAGAUGGCUGCGGAACCGAGGAGAGAGUGGAGUAGCGAGCAGCUCAAAAGUGACGACCUGCCCAAGAAAGAUCUCAUUAAAUUCUUACAAGACAACGCAGCUGACUCGUUUCUUGCAGAGCACAAACUGUUGGGAAACAUUAAAAAUGUGGCCAAGACUGCGAAAAAGGAAAACCUGAUUUCAGCCUACAACCAGCUCUUCGAGAGUAAGAGGUUCAAGGGCACUGACCCCGUGGAGGAGGUGACCGCGCAGGCGAAAGAAGUGAAGAUUGAAGACAAGCCCAAGGACACCAAGCCGGAAGAGCCAGUGGAAGAGGGCCCUCCUAAAUAUGUGAAGUCUGUGCUGAAGAAGGGAGAUAAAGUUAACUUCCCCAAGAAGGGCGACACGGUGAGCUGCUGGUACACAGGAACACUGGAGGAUGGUACCGUCUUUGACUCCAACGUUGCGACAUCUGCCAAGAAGAAAAAAGCAAGCAAGCCACUGAGCUUUAAGGUUGGAAUGGGGAAGGUCAUCAGAGGGUGGGAUGAGGCCCUCCUGACGAUGAGCAUGGGCGAGAAGGCACGGCUGGAGAUCGAGCCAGAGUGGGCGUAUGGCAAGAAAGGGCAGCCUGACGCCAAAAUUCCACCAAAUGCCAAGCUCAUUUUUGAAGUGGAGCUGGUUUCAAUAGACUAGGUUAUACAGCCCUUCUUGUGAAAAAAAUCUGUUCACAGUGAUGAAACACAUUGUAAAUACAUUUUCAGCUACAGUAUUUUGGACUUCAAAACUGGGAGAUGGAAGUUGUGAAAUGCCUGCAUAUUUCUUUUUUUUCUGUUUUGCUUGGUCAGACAAAAAAUAAAAAUAAUUUUGGAGACAAGAGCCUGCCUUCAUUGCCUACUCAUCAAGUUGUGAGCCGAGAAAUGAAUUGUCAGCUUCAAAACUCACUUGGGAGCUGGUUCCAGAUUUCUGCAAUCGUCUAUGUAAAGGAAGCUUCUCCUGUAUUGUAGAUAUAAAUGGUUCUGACCUUAAUUUUCA